AUGUCAAUCGAUUACGGCGCCGAAUGGUUCAAAGUCGGUCUCAUCAAGCCUGGCAUUCCUCUCGACAUCGCGUUGAAUAAGGACUCUAAGCGAAAGACACAAACCGUAGUAACACUGCGUGAUGAGGAGCGAUUAUAUGGAUCCGACGCGGUUGCAUUGUCAAGCCGAUUCCCUCAUUUGACGUAUUCGAACCUUAAGAGCAUCAUUGCAAAGCCUUUUGACGAUAGACACUGUGUUGAAUACCGCAAUCGAUUCGCCACCAAAAUGACGCCUCAUCCUGAACGAAACGCCAUCCUUUUCAAGCAUGACGAAGAUACUGAAUUGUCUGUCGAGGAGUUAAUCGCAUAUCAGUUUCAGAAUGCUCGAGAACAAGCAAAGAACACUGCUGGUGAAGAUGUCAAGGAUGUUGUGAUCACGGUUGCGCCUUUUGCGACACAAUACGAGCGUCAAGCAAUUUUGGACGCUGCUGAAUUGGCCGGGCUUAAUGUCUUGUCGUUAAUCCACGACGAAACAGCUGUUGCACUCAACUAUGCGAUCAGCAGAGAAUUUACGAGCACUCCCGAAUAUCACAUCUUUUACGACAUGGGCGCUGGAUCGACCGUCGCGUCGCUUGUAUCUUUCUCCGUUGCAGAUCAAAAAGAAGGCAAAUCGACUACCCGUAAGGUGCCACAACUCGAGGUCAAAGCAGUUGGAUUUGACCGAACCUUGGGUGGUCACGAGUUUGAUGUUCGCUUGCAAAACAAGUUGGCAGAAAAGUUCAAUGAAAUGCAUCCUACAUUGGAUAUCCGACAAUCUCGAAAUGCAAUGACUCGUUUGCUCAAGGAAGCUAAUCGCGUCAAGCAAAUCCUUAGCGCCAACACAGAAACCUUCGCUUCGUUGGAGAGUCUUUACGAAGAUGUGGACUUUAAAAGCAAGGUGACGCGCGUUGAACUUGAGCGACUUUGUGCUGAUUUGCUUGAACGUGUUCCCGGACCUAUUGAAGCAGCUCUGAAGGCUGCUGACAUGAAAAUUGACGACGUCAAGUCGCUGGUCCUUGUUGGGGGUAGCGUGCGUGUCCCUGCUGUGCAGAAAGGCCUAGUUGAUGUUGUGGGAACUCAAAAGAUUGCCAAGAAUGUCAACGGUGAUGAAGCAGCUGUAUUGGGUGCUGCAUUCCGUGGUGCAUCGCUCAGUAAACAGUUCCGUCUUACCAAACAGAUUGUGAUCAAGGAUAUCACUGUUUUCCCGAUUGAAGUUAUUUAUCACCCUGAGGACGAGCAUUUAGGUCGUCAACCUAUCCACACCACUUUGUUCAAUGAAUUUGGAUCGAUUGGUACCCGUAAAAUUAUGACGUUCAAGCGCGAAAGCGACUUUGAAUUUGAUGUCAAGUAUGGAAAACCAGUCGAUGAACAAGAUAUUGAACUUGAUCAAAUUGCCAAAGUCAGAAUUACUGGUUUGACAGCUGCCAUGGAGAAGCAUAAGGAUGAGAUCGACUCGGCUGAGCAGCCACCCAAGGUGCGCGUGUCCAUUGAGUUGUCCAACGCGGGUCUCCUUUCUGUGCCUGAGGCUAGCUUGAGUUUCCAAUCAAAGGAUACCGGAUCUACUUUCUCUGAUAAGGUCAAGUCAUUCUUUGGUUCGAAGGAAGAAGAAACUCAAUCCGCAGAAGAAGCAAAGGAGGAAUCCAAGCCCAAGGAACCCUCUUUGAAGAAGAUCCCACUUGAUGUUGAAUUUAUCCCUGCUGGUCCUGUUGCCAUGUCAUCUGAAGAAAAGGCAGCAGUCCGUCAGCGCAUUGAAAAGCUCGACGCACUUGAUGACAAGCGUCGAUUGCGUGAAGAAUCGCGCAACAAUCUUGAGUCCUUUGUCUAUCGUGUUCAAGACUUUCUGUAUGAUGAUACCGUCGGCAUCGUGUCGACCGAAGAGCAACAAGAGCACCUACGUGAACAACUUUCUGAGACUUCGGAUUGGUUGUACGACGAAGGCGAAACAGCUGAUACGAAAGAAUACAUUGACCGUUUGCGAAAACUUCAAUCGCUCGAACGACCUGUCACGUUCCGCCGUCAAGAAUACCUUCAACGUGUCGAUAACAUUAAGCGUAUUGAUACCAGCGUUCAACUUGCGCGCUCCUUUGUGGAGAACAUUCGUAGCUCGACUCCUGAAGAAGACCGAUACCAUACUGAAGAAGAACUUGAAGGAGUCUUGAGCCAUGCCAAUCGAGUUGAAUCGUGGAAGCUUGAAAAGGUUGCUGCUCAAGAAAAACGCGAAAACCACGUCGAUCCUAUCUUUACGACUCUUGAUGUCAACAAACAGUGUCGACAAUUGGAUGAAGCACUGAUGAAAUUGAUGAGCAAAAAGAAGCCCAAGGCGAAGAAACAGCAGCCAAAGAAGGAAGAUGCUGAAGAAAAGGAAGAACCUUCCACUGAUGCUGACGAGGAACCAGUUGCUGGAGGACAAAAGGAGCAGCAGCAAGAUUCUUCGAGCAAGCCAUCCACGCCCGAGGAAGAAGAGGAACAUCGUAACCACGAUGAACUUUAG